AUGCUUUCCAUCCUCUCCUUGACUUCCAUCGUAGCUGCUUUGGCAUGCAUUGGCUCCACAGGAGCAGUCCCAGUGACUGCUGCUGCCUCCGCUGCUGCGUCUUCUGCUGCUAGCUCCGCCGUUUCUGCCUCUGCCAGCUCCACUUCAACUUCUGCUUCCUCUGCUCCUUCUGUCUCUGCCUCGGCAUGGGUUGUUCCCACCGGUUGGGCAGCGUCCUCCUGUGUCGCUGAAGGUACUUCGGGUCGAGCUCUCUCGUGGACCAGUUUCUCGUCUUCUUCAAUGACGAUCGAGAAAUGUCUCGCCUACUGUGAUAACUACAACAUGCCUCUCGCUGGGUUAGAGUAUUCCGGUGAAUGUUACUGCGGUUCGGUGCUCGCAAACGGGGCCUCGCUUUCAUCCAAGAGUAUCUGCAACAUGCCCUGUAACGGCGAUUCAGCCAGAACUUGUGGUGGAUCCGGUGCGCUAUCGCUUUACGUAUCCACCAAGUCCAACGCUGCCAGUCUCUCUGCCGACUACACUUCUACUUCCGUCAGCCUUCCUAAUGGAUGGAGCUCUAUGGGAUGCUUCAAAGAAGGUACCACCGGUCGAGCUCUCGACGGAUGGUCAUACUCGACUCCCGCUCUCAAUACCGCCACUUGUAUCAACUACUGCAAGAACAAAGGCUACUCCAUGGCGGGCUUAGAGUACGGGGGCGAAUGUUAUUGCGAUUCAGCUUUGAGAAAUGGAGCUGGUCAGACCGCCACUACAUGUAACAUGCCUUGUUCAGGAGGUCCUGGAGAGAACUGUGGUGGUGCCAAUGUCCUCCAAGUCUACACCAAUCCCUCGCUCGCUCCUUCCGCCAGCACGUCCAACGGCUACGCCAAACAAGCGUGUAUCCAAGAAGUCUCUGGCCGAGCCUUGACUGGAGCCUCUUUCUCCUCCGACAGCAUGACCGUCGACACCUGUACCGCUUACUGCAAAUCAUCCGGUUUCACAUACGCAGCCGUCGAAUACGGAAGAGAAUGUUACUGCGGAAAUUCAUUCGCUAAUGGCGCGAGCUUGAGCAAGUACAGCUCUCAAUGCACAAUGACCUGUGCAGGAAACAAGAAGCAGACCUGUGGUGGACCCAAUGCUUUAUCUGUAUAUGCUAGCGCUUAG